AUGGCAGAUUGUGCUAAGUGUUUGAAGCCCAUAUCUAAGACUGGCAAGAACUCUGUUAAAGUGGACUGUGUUGAAUGUAAAAAGCCUUUUCAUUGCAAGUGUGUUGAUCUGACUCCUGAAGACAUUAAAUAUUAUGAAGAUAAUCAAUCUAUCUGGCGGUGCUCUCCCUGCUCGAAGGAGCGUCGUAAGAGUAUGGCUAUUGAGUCUAGAUCCGGAUCGUCAAUAACGUAUGACGAUAUCUACAGUCUUGUGACUGACCUCAGAAAGGACUUAAAGGGGAUUGAAACUAACCUAGGUAAGUCAAUCAACACUGCCUUUGAGGAAAUAAGGGAAACUAAAAGUUUAGUCAGUAAACAUAAUGAAGAAAUGGCGGCUUUACUAGAGCUCUUAAACAAACUAACUGUUGAAAAUAGCGAACUAAAGAACAGAGUGUCUAUGCUCGAAAGCCGUAUGGAGGACAAUGAACAAUAUUCGAGAAGGGACACUAUCGUAAUACAUGGUGUGCCAGUUGAAAAAGGCGAACAAGUGUUGGAAGUAGUCAAGUCGGUGGGGAAGGCAUUAGAUCUAACCAUUGAUAAUUCUAUGGUUAGUGCUUGCCACAGGUUACGAAGUAGGGAUGGAGCUGACAAACCUCCCGGAAUAAUAGUUAAGAUGACUCGACGUAUGGACGCUGAAUCUCUGCUGCAACGAAGACGUGUGAAGAGGAAUUUCUCUACUCACCACAUAGGCCUAACAGCAAGCCCUGCUCAGCCUAUCUACAUAAAUGAAAGCCUAUGUCCCGGAAGGCGCCGACUUCUGAAUGCAGCCAGAGAUGUGAAAAGGGAAAAACAAUACACAUACUUAUGGAUACGGGGAGGCAAGAUCCUUAUGAGAAAGGCCGAACAAGCUUAUGUGAAAGUGAUAACUUCUCAAGCAGAUCUAGCCAAAUUGUGA